UGUUUAUUGUUGAUUUUUGAUGUAGAUUUUUUUGUGUGUAAAAAAAACGUUGAUAAAGUGUUUUAUAAUUAUAGGUGUAUUGUUUCUUGGAGCUUGGAGUUUCCAAAAAUAAAAGACGGUCUUUAUCAGGGUGACAGUCAUUGUGUUCACACUUGGCUGUGAUAACCAGAAAAAAAAAAAAAUCAUAAAUUAACGUGGCAUUGAUGAAAAAAAAAUUUUUGUUCAUUUAGGUGUGACAAAAGGAAUUAAUAACGUGGCAUUGAUGAGAAGAAAUUAUAAAUUAAUAUUGAUAAAAUUGUUCAUAGCUUGAUUGCUCAAAUAAACAUUUAUUAAUAAAUUAAUUUAAAAAAAAAAAAAAAGAACAGCCAGGAGACACAGAACAAAUUGAAGCUUCAUUUGUUGUCACAAGAAAAUAAUUGUGUGUGUAUAUUUGCAUUAAAUUUCCAACUGCACCAUCAAUAUAAAAGUUAAACAAUCAUGUCGCAGCCUUCAGUAACAUCAUAUUUUAAUACAAGAAAAAGAGGAGCAUCUGAUGAUAUACGUGGUAAAUCAAAAGUACUCAUUUUGGAUAAUGAUAAAGGUUCUAUUAUCAGUGAGGUUAAAUCAACUAGACCAUCAAGUCCAAGCAUAACUAAAUUAAAAUCAUCUGUUGUUCGUAAUAUUCAAUUUGAUACAAAUAAAUCAUCAUCAUCACCAUCAUCACCAGCAGCAGCAGCAAGACCUAAAAUGAUGACACGUUUAAGAGCAACAAAAACAAGAAAGGUUUCUGUUGAAGAUGGACAAGUUGAUAUACGUGAAUCAUUUUUAAAAAUGAAUGAACAAUUAAAUAAUAAAGAACCUGUUAUUGUACCAUUUGAAAAAUGUGGAUUAUUAAGUCCAAGAAAAAAUACAACACCAACAAAACGACAAAUAACAAAUGAACAAUCAUCAAUUGGUUCAACAACACCUAAAAAAUCAACAGAUUUAAUUGAUAAAUUGGCUAAACAAGAAAUGAGUCUUGGUGAAAUUAAAAAACGUUUAAAUAAAUCAUCAAGGCUAGCUGAGCUUAAAGCAAGAAUUGAUCGUUUUAAAGAAUGUGAUCAAAAGUUGAGUCAAAUUAUAGAAAAAAAAAAUAAACACGAACAAAAUGAUGAUGAUGGUGAUGAUGAUAAUUUAAAACCAGUGAAAUUAAAAAAAUUUGGAAAAAUUGAAGUUGAAGUACCAUUGAGUCCACAAAAAAUUUCACGUUCACCAAUGAAAACACCAACUAAAAAAAAUAAUUAUUUAUUAUCAUCAGCAAGUCCACAACGUCGUUUAUUAUUUGAACCAAAAGAAACACCAUCAAGUCCAGUUAAAAGUAGUCCAACAAAAGUACAAGCAUAUCAACGUUAUCAGUGUCUUACUGAAAAAGAAAAAGCUCUACCAUUACCAUAUAAUUAUAAAUUUUUAGCUGAAGUAUUUAGAGGCAUUGAUACGAUAGCAGCAAUGUUAUUCAAUCGUAAAGAGGUCAUAACAUUUACUAAAUUAAAACCAGGUGUACAACAAUUAUUGAGACGUAAUAUAUCACUUGAACAUCUUGCUCAAAUACAACAUUUAUAUCCGGAUGCAUUUUCAUUGAAACAAGAAAAAGUCAAGACAUUUGAUUGUUCAUCAAAAGAACAAUAUGAACUUUGUUUAACUCCAAUGAUAAAUGAUACAAAUUUAACAUCAACAAUUCAACUUGAACGUCGUAGAAUAUUUUUCAAUAUUCUCAUUGAUCGUGUUAGAGAUGAGCAUGAAAAAUUUUUAUUAAAUUUGGAACCACCAAUGAUUGUGCCAAAGGAUAAAAUAAAUCGUUGGCAUCCAGAAUUUGAUGUUGAAAGUUGUGGUAAAAUUGAAGAAGCUGAUUUACCAAAACCACCAGCAGCACAAAAACAUCAUUCAGCACAAGAUGUCCUUGAAAAAGCUAAAAAUUACUUUGGAUGUAAUUCAAGAAUGGAAGAGGCACUUGAACGUUUAGCUCAGAAAAAAGCAGCAGCAGCAGCAGCAUCAUCAUCAAAUGAUUCAUCAGUGUUAUUGGCUAAUGGAUCGAAUAAUAAUGAUCCAAGUGUUGUUGAUACACCACCAGCAACACCAACUUGUAAUAAACAAGUUGUUGAUAAAAAAUUAAAGGGCAUUCCAAAAGCUUUGCUUGAAAAAAUACGAGCAAAACAAGCAGCAAAAGCACUUGAUGCCAUGACACGUACUCCAAAACAAGAUAUCACUGCAACACGUCAUUCACGUUUACCAGAAAUGGCUAAAAUACUACACAAUAUAUUUGUUACUGAAAGUAAAAAAACAUUAAAUUUAAAUUUUGUUAUUGAAAAAUUAGAUAAUUCAUAUAGAACAAAGUUAUCAUCAAAUGAACUGGAAGAACAUAUCAAAUUAAUAUGUGAAAAAAUUCCAGGAUGGAUGGAUUUUAGGAUUGUUAGAAAAAUUGUUUAUCUUCAUCUUGAUUAUGAUUUAUCACUUGCCAAAAAUAUCAGUAAGCUUGAAGGAAUUGCAAAUUCAUUAUUGAGAGUAUAAAAAAAAAACAUUUAAAUUCGAUUUUUCACUUUUUCUUUUUCGAUUAUUUCGAAUGAUAAUUUUUAGUUUUUUUUUUCUUUACUACUCCAAUAGUUUUUAUGGAGAUUAUUUAUACAUAAUGAUAUUGUAAUUAUAUUUAUUUAUCAGGUUUGUAUUGGUACUGAUAAUUUAGUCAAUUAUAAAUUUCAUAUGAAUUUGCAAUUUUUUUUAUAAAAUUAAUAUUGAAUUUUUCUUUUUUUUUUCUUCUUUCUUUCUUUGGUUAAUUUAAAUAUCAAAAGGUUUUUUUUUUUUUUUUUGGUAUUGGUAAAUCAUUUUUUUGAGAUGUAUUUUGUGUGACAAUAAAUUAAUUACAAUUAUUUAAUUACAAAAAAAAAUAAUAAAUAAUUAUUGACGUUUAAAAAAUUAUUUAAUAAAUUAAAAUUGACAAUAUAUUUUUUUUGUGCUUUUUUUUUUGUUUAAUAAUUAUUCUUGUUUUAUUCAAGAUUAAAAAAUUAUUAUUUAAGAUGAAAUUCAUAAUUUUUAUUAAUUUAAAUAAUUAGUUUUUUU